AUGCCACCGGUGCAAAAGACCUUCGAUCUGAUCCCGAACAUCCUCGGGUCCGGCCUGGGCCGCCCUGGGCUUGCCCAUGAUGCCGCCCCCCAUGGACCUCCCGCAAAGCCCCCCAUGACCUCGAAGCAGGCCAAGAAGCUCUACAAGCAGGCCAACAAGGCUCCAAAGCUGUCCAAGGCAGAGCAGCGGCGCAUCGAGCUCAUGGAGCAGGACCGCAUUCGCAAGGAGCUCGAGAAGGAGAAGGCCCAGGCAAGGACCAGGGUCGCUCGGGAUCGUAAAAAGGCAAAAGAGGAGGCUCAGCGAGAGGCCAAGAAGAGGAAGGGCCUGCCCCUCGUCGAUGUCCGACCCAGCCAAGAUACCAUUGCACGCUUUGUCAGAGGCAAUGGCACGAGUAAGAAGCGUGACUCUACUGGAGUAGAACUCCAGCCCCAGUCAUGCCUCCGGACCGUGGAUGAGGGGGAGGAAGCCAAUGAUCCCCCAGAUAAAGAGAACGAGGAGCCGCGCCCGUCACCAGAAUCCCGACAGCCUUCGAACUCCCUCGGCCCAAUCGCCGUCCCAGCAGUCUCUGAACAAUCACUCGACAUGAUGAAGUCGCAGAAUGGGGCCUCAACAGUUCUUGAAGACGCCAUGUCGGUGCAGCUCGAGGAUACGCCGAUCGAGGUCCUCCGGCGCCCACACUGA